AUGGGCAUCUUCCCUAUGAUUUUCUCUCUAUUGGUACUCAGGUCACUAGGAAAGCCAAUAGCUCUGGUAUCUGGAGGUGUAACAAGCCAUCGGAGCCCCAAAGGGAACUGGGCGCAACCAUCCCGUGCCGGUGCCACGCUGCAUGGCUGCCUGAAGAGCUGCGGCAAGCUGAGCUUCACGUAUCCCUUUGGCAUCGGAUCCAGGUGCUCGCGCGGGCCUGACUUCAACCUCAUUUGCAACGACACCGCUCAUCCACCGAGGCUCUUCUUGCGCGACGGCAUCACCGAGGUGAUCAAAUUUGGCAAUCCUACUUUAUUAAAUUCAAUCUGGGCCUCCGUCUCCCAUACCAUCCCCAUACAACCUGGUGUCAGUGUCUACAACUUGUCUUUGAAACCGCCUGGGAGAUCCUUCCAUCUUCAUUCCAUUGCUCUAAAGAUAACUGGCUGUGACCUGGAGGUGUACUCCAUCGAAGAGAACUCCGUUAAGUCAAUCUGUGCAACUGUGUGCCCAGAUCCAGAAAUCACGGAGAUAGUAGCUACGCACAACUGUAAAGGCUUUGGAUGUUGUCGUGUACACAUGGAAAGCUAUGCCAACACUUACCAGUUGAAAUUUGUCCACAUCACAAAAAACACCAGCACGGGCUCGAACAAGACCUCUCCACUGUGGGAUAGAAUCAGCAUAACUAGUGAAGGGCCGAGUGGUUUUAAGCUAUCGUGGCAGAUAGUUGACCAAUCCAACUGUGUUGCUGCCAUGCAAAACAUGAAAAACUGUGCCUGUAUCGGCGAGUAUGCCAAGUGCAUUGACAGUACAACCAAUUCCUGUGACAUCGACGAUGCGGAGUGCAUUGACAGAAGCUAUGGCUACAGUUGUAUUUGCAGCACUGGUUAUUCAGGCAACCCCUACAUUCCACAUGGCUGCUUGAUCGAUGAAGGGUAUAAUCCAAUUCUGAGUAGAGAUGAUUGCACCCGUUGGUGUGGUUAUACUGAGGUGCCAUUCCCAUUCGGCUUAGAAGAGGGUUGCUUUGCAAUGAAACAGUUCCACCUCAACUGCACAGAUAUGACAUCAUCAGCUGGAUUGGUCAUGUUGGAGGAGAAACAGGUCAUCGAUAUAAAUAUCGAGGAAGGGACCGUUAACCUCAUGAAUCCUGACAUAAAAGGGGAACAUAUUGCAUCUCAACAUGUUCUUUUUCCUAUUCCUUAUGGGUCAUUCUCCUCUGUGCAAUGGGUUGCUGGUUAUCUAAGUUGUGCGCAGGCCCGGCAGAAUAUGUCUGGAUAUGCUUGCGUGAGUAUCAACAGCAAGUGUGUGGAAGUAGGUGUUGAAGGGGUUGGUGUUGUUGAUAGGGGUUAUCGCUGCAAAUGCUCAGAUGGCCUUGUAGGAAAUCCAUACAUCCAAUCUGGUUGUGAAGAUCUCGUUGAUUCAGGUAUUACAGAAAUUAAUAGGAAGAAACAGCAGAAUCUACUGUUAGGUAUAAUUGUUGGGCUGUCCUGUGGUUUCGGUGUCCUACUUAUGAGCUUCAGUGUAGUGCUUCUCACUCGUAGAUGGAAAAUAAAUGUUCAAAAGCAACUACGGAAUAACUAUUUCCGAAAGAACCAAGGUCUUCUUCUAGAAACACUGAUAUCAUCUGAUGAAAGUGCAAACGAGAAUACACAGAUUUUCUCAUUAGAAGAGCUGGAGAAGGCAACAAAUAACUUUGAUCCUACACGUAUCAUCGGACGUGGGGGUCAUGGCAUGGUUUACAAAGGCAUAUUAUCCGAUCAGCGUGUCGUUGCAAUAAAAAAGUCUAAGGUCAUUGAGGAGUCUGAGAUCAGUCAAUUCAUCAACGAGGUUGCAGUCCUCUCUCAAAUAAAUCACAGAAAUAUUGUGAAGCUCUUUGGAUGUUGUCUCGAAACUGAGGUUCCACUGCUGGUGUAUGAUUAUGUAUCCAGUGGCUCACUGUCUGAAGUCCUUCAUGCAGAUUCAAGUGAUGGUUUUUCUUUGUCUUGGGGUGAUUACUUAAGGAUUGCCCUAGAAACAGCAGGAGCUCUGUCUUAUCUCCACUCUUCAGCUUCAAUAUCAAUCUUCCAUCGUGAUGUGAAGUCCUCAAAUAUACUUUUGGAUGGGAACUACACAGCUAAAGUGUCAGAUUUCGGUGCAUCCAGAUUGGUUCCGAUUGAUCAAACACACAUUGUCACGAAUGUGCAAGGUACAUUUGGGUACUUAGAUCCAGAGUAUUUCCAUACUAGGCAGCUGAACGGGAAGAGUGAUGUGUACAGUUUUGGUGUGGUACUAGUGGAGUUGCUUCUCAAAAUGAAGCCUGUUUUCACAAGUGAAUCAGGCACAAUCAAGAGCUUGUCGAACUAUUUCCUCCAGGAGUUCAAUGAGGGAAGAAUCACAUAUAUUGCUAAUUCUCAGGUGCUUGAGGAAGCACCUGAGAUCAAUGAUGUUGCCUCUCUUGCAGAGCGGUGCUUGAGGCUACACGGCGAAGAAAGACCAACCAUGAAACAGGUUGAGACAGAACUGCAGACAUUACGGACAAAACGGAUGAACUCAUCUCAGCCUGAUUCAAGAAAUGGAGAACAGACGCAACCAAGGUCGUUAACUCAAAGGAGUAGAUCUGCUCGGCAAUUGUCUGCACAGCCAGGAGGUAGCCAACGACGCUACAGCUUGGAGGCAGAGUUCUUGUCAUCUGCUAGCCUACCACGCUAG